UCGAGCCACCGGUGCAAAUCGCCAGUUCGAGCCGUGAGCAGGAAUUGCUCGAUCGAAUCGCGUCAUUGGAGGCAUCGAUUAAUAAGUCUGUCCAUGAAUUCGAUGUUAUCGUAAGCCCGAAACGGGUGAAAUUAUUCAAGUGGACAGUGAAUAUUGAGCAUGCGACCCUCGAAGCUCUCAAAGAUUUCAUACGUGCAGUAUACCAAACACCAGCACUUGAAAAUGAUGGAGCGAUGUUCGACGUUGCGCGGGACACGGUGGCCUACCUUUACGUGCAGAACGCUCACCGUCAGGUUGACAGGCAUGAGGUCGUUCUGCACGUACCUCUACCACAUCGCCGUCAAGUUGGCAGGCAUGAAUGUGUUAGGCGACUGCAAAGAGGAGUUCACCGUCAAGUUGACAGGCAUGAUAAUCUCCCCUUGCACUUCCAGACACAACUUGCCGUCAGGUUGACAGGCGCAA